CCGAACCUCCAAAUUUGUGGCAUGCGCAUCCUGCAGUGACGUCUCGGCCAACCUUCUUUCGCUCUGACAACACACGAAAACCCAGCCAUCUCUUUCGACCACACCUCUCUCUACGUUACUCCUACCUGCACACGUACGCACACACACAGCCAUGUCAGAAUACUGGAAAUCGACACCAAAGUACUGGUGCAAGCACUGCAGCAUCUUUGUCCGCGACACGAAGCUCGAGCGACAGAACCACGAGGCGACGGGCAAGCACCAGGGCGCGCUCAAGCGGUUCCUGCGCGACCUCCACCGCGGCCAUGAGCAGGAAGAGCGCGAAAAGGACAGGGCGAAGCGCGAGGUGGAGAGGUUGAAGGGGAUAUCGUCCGGCACACCAUCAUCAUCAUCAUCAUCAUCCUUUUCGAGACCCGGCGGUUUGAGCAGCAGCGGCGCGCCGCCGUCGGCAGAGGCGCAGCGUAAACAGCAGAUGGAACAGCUCGCCGAGAUGGGCGUUUCGAUACCGACGGAGUUUCGGGGCGAUAUGGCGAUGGCGGGGGAGUGGACGGUCACUGCGACAAAGGUUGUCGACGACGAGGACGCGGCGAGGGAGAGGGAGAAGCCUGUUGAGGCCAAGGCUGUUGGGGUGAGGAAGCGGGAGCAGACGGAGGAGGAGAGGGAGGAGGAGGAGGCUGUGAGGGGUUUGUUCAAGAGGCCUAAGAAGUGGGGGAGCACGAGGACGAUGCCGGCGGACGACGAGGAUCUUGAUGCGUUGCUGAGUGGGAAUACGCUGAUGAGGGCUGUGAAGAAGGAGGAGAAGGAGGAGAAGGCUGAGGUGGAUGUCAAGACUGAAGUGAAGCAGGAGGGGGAAGGGGAGGAUGCGGCGGGGGCCACGUCUGAUGCGCCGGCUGUUAAGAGUGAGCCGGUGGAGGACGAGGCUGGGAAGGGCUUGGACGUGCCGGCCUUGGGAGAGGACGGCGUCAAGAAGGAGGACGAGGCUGCGGGAUCCACGGAGGCCGCGGCGCCGGCGGUGGUAUUCAAGAAGCGCAAGCCCAAGAACAUGCGACAAAAGUGAUGGAAGUUUUCCUUCUUUGGUGGGGAAUGGAUAAUACAGCAUGUCUAGGGUGCAUAGCAAGGCGUUGGGCAUUGGAUUCAUACACUACGUAGACACGGGGUUUCCAAAAAAGAUCUACAGAUACAACGGCCGCUCAGACUAAUGGUCAGGGAUGAAUACUAUCAUGGGUGUUUGCAUCAUGGUCGACG